AUGACAGUCAUUAACGAAAAUGUGAACAUUUUAGAAUAUUCUUUUUUUUUUUUCCAGGUUUAUACUAUCAACUUGGAAUCUCGUUAUUUACUAAUACAAGGAGUUCCUGCAUUAGGUGUUAUGAAGGAAUUAGUUGAACAAUUUGCAUUAUAUGGUGCCAUUGAAGAGUAUCAUGCUCUAGAUGAAUAUCCAGCAGAGCAAUUUACUGAAGUUUAUCUUCUAAAAUUCCAGAAACUACAAUGUGCAAGGGUGGCCAAGAAAAAAAUGGAUGAACGAAGUUUCUUUGGUAGUUUGCUGCAUGUGUGCUACGCUCCUGAAUUUGAAACAGUCCAAGAAACCAGGGAGAAGUUGCAGGACAGAAGAAAGUAUAUCGCAAAAACAACAAAUCAAAGAGAUUGCUUUUUGUUACGGAAAGCAGAGGGGCCUAAGAAGACAGUCUCAAAGAACUCCAAGCCUGAGUGUCCAUGGAGUAUGUCAGGAUCAUGUGCAGCCAGUAACUGGGAUCCAUCCCACUUUACAAGUUCUCAUGGGGUAUCUCACAACAUAGGGCAUCCAUCUGGGAAUCAUCAGCAGAGCCCACUGACACUUCCCCAUGGUAACAGUUGUGGUGAAACGUCUGGGUACUUUGGUCAAAACACACUCCUAACUCCCAGUGUACAUCUGGGAGGACAUACUCCACCAGCUAACUUAAUGCAGCGAAGAACGGUUCCGAUUGAUAAUGGAGUUGACCGGUUUAUGCCUCGUACAACUCACCUCCAAGAACGUAAGAGGAAGAGAGAAGAAGGUAACAAGUUUUCUCUCAUUGGAACAAGUGUGGAUAAUACUGAAGUCAUUAUUGGUCCCCAGCUACCAGAAAUACCUAAAGUGGAUAUGGAUGAUGAUUCAUUGAAUGCUUCAGCUGCAUUAAUUCGAAAUAAACUAAAAGAGGUAGCAGAUUCUGUUUCAAGAACAUCUGUGGAAAACCCAGAAUGCAGCUCAGCCAAACCACCUGUAAAGCAGAGAAGAAGAAUAUAGAUACUGCUGGCAGCAUCUUCCAACAGUCCCUUUUUAAAGGAUAUAGUUUAAAAUUGUUAUUUUUUUUAAUGUAAAAAGUGAAACUACUUUAUACUGUAUUUCCAGGCCAUUCCCUGUUAAAAAUUGUAUCAAUUUGUUUCUUGGAAUGAACAAUACUACAUUGUGGUUACAGUCUU